AUGCCUAUGAUAGAUUGCAAUGUUGAAUUAAAAGUUCCUGAUGCUCCACAACCUGAUCAACAUAUUGUAUUAAAAACGUGGCAUAAACAAUGGCAAUUUCCAAGAGCUUUUACACCUCAACAAAAAGAAAUAAUAACAGAAAUCACUAAAGGUACUGCAACUUCAAAAAGAUUCUGA